AAUGCUAAUAAACUCAAAAGAAGAAGAAGCCACAAAAACACGGGUUUAAAUGGAUCAGAUGAGCGGUGGUCUAAGGUUUACAUGAAAAGGAAACUCAAUUCAACUUUGGCUUCUUUCAUAUUCAUGUGAGUCAUCCUACUAUGUGAAUUGUUGAGAGUACAGUCGAAAGUCUUCACUAAUCAAGUGCAAUAUGUCAAAAAUUGGUGCAGCUACACAAAAACCAUCCAUGAGCCAUAAUGGUUCCAGUGCCAGCAGCUUUAAAGAAAUUCAUAUUGAUGAAGAAGUCAAGAUAGCAGUGACCUUGGCUUUAGAGAGGUUUCAGUACAGUGACCAGAAAGAGAUGGAAUUUCCUUCCUCCUUGACCAGUACAGAGAGGGCUUUCAUUCAUCGAAUGGCCCAAUCUCUGGGUUACAUUUCUAAGAGCAAAGGAAAGGGACCAAAUCGCUUUCUCACCAUCAGGAAGAAGAAUGAAACGGAUAAUCCUCAGCCGACCAUACCCAUGACACUCUCCCAGAAUACCUUAUAUUUUAUCCGCAGUUUGCUACAGAGGUUUCCCAUCAGCAAGAAGGAACGCAUAGAUAUACAACCCAAUGAAAAAAGUGGCAUAUCUGUGUCUGCAGAACCUGGUGACUGUCAUUACAACAGUUAUGACAAGAACAGAGCGAGCGGACGCUUAAACAAUGGGAUUCCUAUGGUUCCUCGUCGGAGAAGUCCAUCAGAGCUAGACAGUUUUCGAUGCUCCCUGCCUGUGUAUGAACACCAGGAGGAGAUCAUCCAAAUUAUCAAAAAAAACAGGGUCGUGCUCGUGUUGGGAGAGACUGGCUCUGGAAAAACAACACAGAUCCCACAGUUCCUUCUGGAUGACUGCAGCAAGAAAGGAGAGUCCUGCAGGAUCUUCUGCACUCAGCCCAGACGCCUGGCUGCCAUUGCUGUGGCUGAUAGAGUGGCAGCUGAGAGGGGGGAAGGUGUGGGCCAGACUGUCGGCUAUCACAUCAGACUUGAGAGCAGGGUAUCUCCCAAGACAUUGCUGACUUUUUGCACCAGUGGAGUACUCCUCAGAACACUGAUGACUGGAGAUGCCAGCUUGACAACUGUCACACAUGUCAUUGUGGAUGAGGUGCAUGAGCGUGAUGGUCUGACUGACUUCCUCCUCACGAAGAUGCGGGAUGUGCUUCAGAAGAUUCCCACACUAAAACUGAUCCUCUCUAGUGCAGCUCUGGAUAUAGACCUGUUUCGUCAAUACUUUGGCUCCUGCCCAGUUAUUCACCUCAAAGGAAGACACUUUGAGGUGAAGGAGUUCUUUCUAGGGGAUAUUCUGAGGCUGACAGGUUUCACCAGUAAGGACAUGAGGAAAUACAAGGAAGAGACAGAAACAAAGGAAAGAAAACAGAAAUAUCUAACAGAGUGGUGUCAGGCAGUGCAAACCAGUUCUGUUGGGGAGAAACAGAGCACCCAUGCCAAAGGCUUCCUCCCUGACAGUGGCUGUGGGACUAGGGGCUUUAAGCAGAAUGAGAAUGACACUGAACAGAUGGAACCAUGGCUGAGGAGGGAGAUGGACUCAUGCAUUUCUAGCAUUUUCCUAAAUGAGGACCAAGAUUCUUUUAUUCAGCUCUUCAAUCUGAUCCUCAGUGAAAGUGUUAAUGUGGACUACAUGCACAGUGAAACAGGGACCACAGCACUGAUGGCAGCAGCAGGUCGAGGAUUUAUUACACAGCUGGAGCAACUCCUCAGUCUGGGUGCUGACAUUAACAUCAAGGCAUCCAAUGGAUGGACUGCCUUAGACUUUGCCGAGCACUUCCAGCAGACUGAUGCUGUGGAUCUGUUGAAAUCAUCCAUUUUUUGGAUCGGAAUAAACAGAUUUGACCAAUCAGAGCACUGCAUAUUGCAUCCUUUGGGAGAGGUGAGCAACCUCGAUGAGUCAGCUCUGGUCCAGUGUGGCCCUGAGAUGAGCUUAGAAGAUCAAGAACUUCUCAGGCUGUACCAUCAUAGCUUUGACGAUCAGUGGGUAGACCUGGAGCUCAUCAUGAAUCUGCUGCACAACAUUUGCUCCAGUACCAGUGAUGGUGCCGUCCUAAUUUUUCUUCCUGGAUAUGAUGAAAUAGUGGAACUCAGGGACCGCAUCCUCCAUGAUGAUAAAAGAUUCUCCGGCCAAAGUGAGAGGUACCAUGUGUUUACUCUACAUUCAGACAUGCAGACUCAGGAUCAGAAAAAAGCCUUAAAGACCUCUCCUCCUGGUGUCAGGAAGAUAAUUCUUUCUACUAACAUAGCUGAGACGAGCAUCACUAUCAAUGAUGUUGUUUUCGUCAUUGAUUCUGGAAAGGUCAAAGAGAAGUCUUUUGAUACUCUCAGCAAUGUGUCCAUGCUAAAGACUGUGUGGAUCUCAAAAGCCAGUGCUCUGCAAAGGAAAGGAAGAGCCGGGCGCUGCAGGCCGGGGAUUUGCUUCCAUCUCUUUAGUCGACUCAGGUUCAACAAUAUGCUGGAAUUCCAAGUUCCACAGCUCCUCCGGAUGCCUCUACAGGAACUGUGUCUGCAGACCAAACUGCUGGCUCCCUCCUCCUGUCCAGUAGCUGAAUUCUUGGCCAAGGCUCCCCAGCCACCUUCCACACAUGCUGUCCGGAAUGCUGUGCAAAUGCUGAAGAAAAUAGAUGCUAUGAACCAGUAUGAAGACCUGACUGAUCUGGGCUACCACCUGGCUGAUCUACCUGUGGAGCCCCAUCUGGGGAAGAUGGUGCUGUGUGCUGUUGUUCUUAAGUGUCUGGACCCCAUUCUAACCAUUGCCUGUACUCUGGCAUAUCGUGACCCUUUCAUCCUUCCCACCCAAAGCUCACAGAAGAGAGCUGCUCUAAGCUGCAGGAAACGCUUCACUUCCAACACCUUUAGUGAUCACAUGGCCUUACUUAGAGCUUUCCAGGCAUGGCAGAAGGCUCGCAGUGAAGGUUGGGAGAGAGGCUUCUGUGAGAAGAACUUCCUGUCCCAGGCUACCAUGGACAUGAUACUUGGCAUGAGGACACAACUGCUAGGACAACUCCGUGCAAUUGGUUUUGUGCGAGCCCGUGGGGGCUGUGACAUCCGUGAUGUGAAUCUAAACUCGGAAAACUGGGCAAUGGUGAAGGCAGCCCUGGUAGCUGGCAUGUACCCAAAUAUGGUUAAUUUCAACAAAGAGUCUUCCCUGAAGAAGCUUCACUUUCAUCCCACAUCUGUCCUAAGCCAGUUUCAGUUUAAGGAGAAGAACCAAACCAGAAUGGCCCAGGCCCUUCCCACAGAUUGGAUGAUCUAUGACGAGAUGAGCCGAGGCCACAGGAUGGUCACUGUCCGCUGUUGCACCCUUGUGACUUCUAUCACUGUUGCCAUAUUUGGAGGUUGUGCCAGAUUACACAGCUCUGCCCUCCAUGAACCUGCUGUACAGAAAACUAAUGAAAGUCCACUGGAUGACAUCAGUGACAGUGAGACAGAGGAUCUAUCCGAGAUAAGGAUAGAUGACUGGCUCGUCUUUGAAAUGGACAAAGAGGCUGCAGGAUUGCUGUCUGAACUGAGGCAGAAGUGGCAAAGCUUAUUUAUCAAGAGGAUCCGUUGUCCUUCAAAGCCCUGGUCACAACAGGAUGAGGCUGUCAUUCAGACUCUGGUUUCAGUGCUUGGAGCAGAGGAGCAGGCAGCAGGCCUGCAGCAGCCCACUGGCAUUGGUCAGCGGCCUAGGCCCAUGCCAUUAGAAGAAGGAACAAGGACCUCUAUGAAAAAACACCAAAAUACUCCCCGACUUCCUACAACCUCCACCACCAAUGACAGGUCUUGUCUAACAACAGCUUCAGACCUAUGUCAAAUUCAAGCCCACGGCCAAGAUGAGCCCUCCCUGUCCAGAUAUCAGUUCUCUGAUCAUCAGUCUUCCAGUAUUUCUUCCUGCUCUGCGACUUUGGACUGUCAGUCAGAUACCGUUGAUCAUUUCUCCUCAAGAAAGCUGGUUGUGAAGCCUGUGUGCACUCAGCUGGCCUGCCAUCAGACAUUAGUCCGAUACUUUAUUAUGAAAAGCAGCAACAUCAGGAACUUGGAAAUUUCUCAGCAAAAAGGCAUCUGGUCUACUACACCAAGCAAUGAGACCAAACUCACCAAGGCCUUUUUGGAGAAUAGUGCCAUCAUCCUUAUCUUCUCUGUUCAGGGCUCUGGACACUUCCAGGGCUAUGCUCGCAUGACGUCUGUCGUCAGUCAGGAGGAGAGCUGUCAGGACUGGGGCCUCAUGGAACUAGGAGGGGUUUUCAGUGUAGAAUGGAUACACAAAGAAAAUAUUCCCUUCCAGUGCACCCAGCAUAUCCUCAACCCAUGGAAUGACAACAAGAAGGUCCAGAUUAGCAGGGAUGGGCAGGAAUUGGAGCCACAAGCUGGAAGCCAGCUGCUGUUGUUAUGGGAGAGAAAUUCUGGGAAUCAAGUUAAAUGAGAGGUAGCAGUCAAAAACCUCUCUCCACACUCAUUAAGUUUUGUUAAUAUAUCUCCUUAUACCUGUUGUUAUAAAACUUUUACUUAUUACACGUAUUACUUCUGUUUUACCUUCAGUGGUACACUGUUCUACUAGUUAAGGCUACGUAGCAGGAGCAUGGAAGAAGGGCUGACUAAUUGUAAUUUUUUUUCCCUUGUUAAUACACAAGUUCAGUUUAAGAAUGUAUUCAAAAGGAUAAUGAUCUGUUUGUUCAGAAUAAAAUAUCUGAAGCUUUAAAAAACUUUCUAAACAGGGUUUUAAAAACUCUGACAAGAAAAUGAAUGAAAGAAAAAUGCUUGUACUAUGUUUGUAAUAUGUUGACAGUAAGGGUACUGUUUUCAUCAUACAUUUUAUUGUGAAAUUGUGAUGUCCAGUUAGUUUGAAUUACAGAGUUUUGACAGGGUCAAAUGUUUACACUGUGUUCCAUUUAUAGCAAAUAAACAGUGAUUCUUGUUGCCAA